AUGGGCUUCAUCGAGAAGUUGCAAGCAAAGCUGGAGCUCUACCGCCUAGAGCAGCGGUAUGCGCGUCGUAAGCACCGCAGCACUUUCUCCGGGGUGCAGUACGUCGACGGAGAAUACGUUUACUCGAGCGGAUCGAACUCCUCCACCGGCACCGUCUCCAAGCAAUCGACAGGCGGCUACUGGAAGCCCCCAACAUGGGGAUCUUCAUCUGGCGACUCGCGCUGGCGGUGA